CUGGAAGGAAGGUUUCAAGAAAAAGCAGGCUGGCGUUUCAGACAUGACACUCCUCACAACCAUAACCGACGAAGCAAUCAAUGACAAUCUUGAGAAGCGCUGGAAGAACGGGGAAAUUUACACCUACAUCGGUAGCGUGCUUAUCUCUGUUAAUCCUUUCCGAGAUCUCGGUAUUUACACAGACGCAGUACUCCAGACCUAUCACGGAAAGAAUCGAUUAGAGGUUGCGCCUCAUGUAUUCAGCAUUGCUGAAAGUGCCUACUAUAACAUGCAAGCAUACAAGGAAAAUCAAUGUGUCAUUAUUUCCGGUGAAUCAGGUGCAGGCAAAACAGAAGCUGCCAAGCGCAUCAUGCAAUAUAUCGCUGCAGUGUCUGGAGGCCAGGACAGCAGUAUCAAGGAAAUAAAGGACAUGGUACUUGCAACGAAUCCUCUGCUGGAGAGCUUCGGCUGCGCUAAGACGCUGCGAAAUAAUAAUUCCAGUCGUCAUGGAAAAUAUCUAGAGAUCAUGUUCAAUGACGGGGGUGAGCCGGUGGGCGCACAAAUCACAAAUUACCUGCUGGAGAAGGGGCGGGUCGUUGGCCAGUUGGAUUCGGAGCGUAAUUUCCACAUCUUCUAUCAAUUUACCAAGGGUGCAUCGGACGAACAACGAGAGAUGUUCGGAUUGCAGGGCCCAGAUUCAUAUGCUUAUACCAGUCGAUCGAAUUGCCUAGACGUUCCAGGGAUCAAUGACGUCUCCGAGUUCAAGGAUACGAUUCAAGCAAUGAACGUUAUCGGACUAACGCAACAUGAACAAACCGAGAUUCUUCGCAUGCUUGCAAUAGUCCUAUGGCUAGGUAAUGUUCAGUUCACUGAGAUGGAGGACGGGAACACACAAAUCGAUGACACCAAUGUCAUUGAUUUCAUUGCUUACCUCAUGGAAGCGGAUUCGAGUGCAGUUCACAAGGUGAUGACAACCAGGGUAGUAGAAACGCAACGAGGUGGAAGGCGAGGCUCUGUCUACGACGUCCCCCUGAAUCCCACACAAGCAGCAGCGGGUCGCGAUGCCCUAGCUAAGGCUAUCUACAACAAUCUUUUCGAGUGGAUCGUGUCCCGAAUAAAUGUAUCCAUGGCCGCAAGAGCAGCGCAUUCCCAUCUCAUCGGCGUCCUCGAUAUCUACGGCUUCGAAAUCUUCCAGGACAAUUCGUUUGAACAACUUUGCAUCAAUUACGUUAACGAGAAACUACAGCAAAUAUUUAUAGAGCUCACAUUAAAGACGGAGCAAGAAGAGUACGUUCGGGAGGAGAUCAAGUGGACUCCAAUCAAUUAUUUCAAUAACAAGAUCGUAUGUGAUCUCAUUGAGGAGAGACGACCACCAGGAAUAUUUGCUGCAUUGAAUGACGCUUGCGCUACCGCCCAUGCCGAUCCUGCUGCUGCAGAUGGGAGUUUCAUUCAAAGACUAUCAGGUCUUUCCUCCAACCCACAUUUCGACGGGCGUGGCCAGAAAUUCCUUGUGAAACAUUAUGCCGGCGACGUGAUGUAUAAUGUUCCGGGAAUGACUGAGAAGAACAAGGACGCACUGGUCAAGGAUCUGCUCGAACUAGCUGCAACUUGCGGAAAUCAGUUUCUUGCUUCGCUGUUCAGUGACCGCCCCGAUCCGAAUAGCAAGAAGCGGCCCCCUACUGCAGGUGACAAGAUUAAGGCAUCCGCCAAUGCACUUGUUGAGAACUUGAUGCGUGCCCAACCCUCUUACAUCCGAACGAUAAAGUCGAAUCAGAAUCGUAGCCCCACCGAGUAUGACACGAAAGCGAUCUUGCACCAAAUCAAAUAUCUGGGUUUGAAGGAAAACAUCCGGGUGAGACGGGCUGGCUUUGCUUACCGCAACACCUUCGACAAGAUGAUCGAAAGAUUCUAUCUUCUUUCCCCCGCAACUUCCUAUGCUGGCGAAUACAUUUGGCAGGGCGAUGCGAGGUCUGGUUGCGAACGUAUUCUUAAAGACACUGGCAUUGCCAGGGAAGAAUGGCAGAUGGGUGUCACAAAGGCUUUCAUAAAGAAUCCGGAAACGCUCUUUGCACUGGAGACUAUGAGAGACCGUUACUGGCACAACAUGGCUGCCCGGAUUCAGCGUGCUUGGAAGAAUUAUGUGCGCUAUCGUAACGGAUGUGCUACUCGUAUACAACGCUUCUGGAGAAACAACAGAGAGAGCAUCCAAUACGCCAAAAUCAGGGACCGUGGCCACCAGCUGCUUGCGGGUCGCAAGGAGCGAAGACGUUUUAGUUUGCUAAGUUAUCGUCGGUUCCUGGGUGACUACUUGGAAGUUGGGUCUAGCGAUCCGCUGGGGGAGACGCUCAAGGAGGCUUGUGGCAUUGGCAACGAACAGGUUGCGUUCAGUUCAAGGAUCCAAAUAUUGGUUUCCAAACUCGGCAGAUCAAGCAAGCCUUCUCCUCGUUACUUAGUGGUGACCGAGAAGGCCGUGUACAUUGUCGUUUCGAUGCAGAAAGAUGGACGUAUCACCACCAUGUUAGAGCGUAAGAUCCCGCUUGUGACCAUCAAAGCAGUUGCGAUGUCAAACUUGCGGGAUGAUUGGGUUGUACUUAACCUCAAUGCGUCCGAUGAAGGGGAUCCCGUAAUUAGCUGUUUCUUCAAAACAGAAUUGCUUACUUGGUUAGAUAAAUUAACACGGAGCAGCAUCGCUGUAGUCAUAAACCCCGCCAUCGAGUACGUCAAAAAGAAAGAUAAGAAGCAAAUCAUUAAAUUCCAGAAAGACGAGACCAUCCACAGGAACGACGUAUACAAGAGUCAUGCAGUGUCCGUGCCAUCUGGUGAACCUCCUGGAAGCUCGUCACGGCCCGCGGCUAAGCGCAAGCCUGGCCAAGUCAGACCGAUCACAAAAGGGAAGCUACUCCGGAAAGGCGGGCCAUCCACUGAUAAACCACGGCCAGUCGCCGUGCCGAAACCUACCAGCAAACCCUUCCCAAGCAUAUCAGCACCAGGUGUUAAACCACCCGCCUCCACUUCCACUACACCAGCUAAACGACAAUCUGUCGCUCCUCCGCCACCGCCACCGCCACCUCCACCUCCACCAGCGGCCGCACCAAAUCCCGACGUUCCUAUCUACAAGGCAUUAUUUGACUUUUCCGGGCAGGAAGGCGAAAUGUCACUAACGAAGGAUGACCUAGUGGAAUUGAUCGAGAAGGACGACAAUGGCUGGUGGCUGGUUAAGAAGGAUCAGGUCGAGGGAUGGGCGCCGUCAAACUAUCUUCAGCUCGUUCCCCCUAAACCGAAACCCGUAGCGCCUCCUCCGCCACCCACCGCACGGCGGCCUGCUCCCGCAACACCAGCCCCCGCCGCGAGCGUCCCCAAAUCUGUGACUCAAAAGCCCACAGUUCCAUCGUCUUUGACCGCGGACUCCAAUGCCAAGCCAAUAUCUGUAUUCCCGGGUAUGGCACCAAGCAACGGAUCGACAACGCCAUGGAAGAAGCCCUCCUUGUCUACAACAACUUCCGAGCCAGAUUCUGGGCGCCAAUCUCUAGUAGGGGCUGCUAGUAAAGCACCGCCACUUGCUCCAAAACCUAAGCCGCCGGUGCUAGCACCUAAACCUGGGACUGGAGGUUUAAAGCCUCCAAUCGCGGCCACAAAACCGUCGAUUCCCGGGAAACCCAAUGGUAGUGGCGUUCCCCCUGCACCACCCCGACCUCCGGUGGCGGGAGGGGGUGGUGCGCCAAGGGCAGGUCAGCUGGAUUUGGCCGCUGCGCUGGCUAAGAGAGCACAACGCGCUGCCCAAGAAGAAGAUUAAAUCCCACACUUUCUUUAUACACCCCCUCUCCCCCCCCCUCCCUAGCUUAAUAUGUGCCUUGUUAACAAUGUAACAACAGCGACAUAGAAUCUUCAGACUCGCGGGUUGUUCGAUGUAUGUCAUGUUUAGUUCGUUAGGUUCAUGAGUGUAAGUAGAGGAUAUUAAAACAUACAGCGGAAGGAUGAAUUUUAAAAGAAUGUGCCAUAAGAUGCAAGAUGCGUAGAAUGGGUACCUAGGAUGAAAGUAUUAGAGUGUGUGAUGAAAAGAUGUUAUUGAGUUCGGGGAAUGAGUUGUCUCCCUCCAUAGGAAAGAAACUGUAAUUACGGAUUCGUUACAGAAUG